CGCCCGCUGCCGCAGUUGCCGUUCGACUUCAAGCGACGUCGGUCCUGUAACGGCUGCUCGAAAGAUAGUUAAUUCUUCCUCUGUUAUACGUUCUCUUUGCCAGUUUGUCUGUGACCAGUGUUGUGUACCACGUGUUAUUUCAAUCAGACAUCACCACCACCACACCACCGUUGUGAUCACAGCAACCGGCAAAGCAGUAAUAAAUACAGAAUAGUAACCCACAUGUUCCUGUGCGUUCUCAGCGCCUUCCGUUUCAUUCAAGUAAAUUUUCAAAAUUCACAAUUAAAAAAUAAACCGUCACUGUUGGUGUUUAGUGUUCUGUCGGUUUACGAAUACAAAAACGUUAUUUAAAUUAUAUGAAGGCUUCGAGAGCGAAUUGUGUUGUGCUUGAAAACGCCGAUUGUUUAUUCGGAACGAAAACGCGUCUUUAGAAUGUUCUAGUGCUUUAAAAAGUUUUAUUUAUAGGACCUGUUUUGAAAUGAACUGACAUCAAGUAAUAUUUUAUUACUGUUAACCUAAACAAUACUUAAACAGUGUUUGUGUCCCUAUUCUGAAAACUUGUGUGACUUAACUGACCCCGUUUGACACGUGGAAUUCUGUGUAAUAUAACUCGUUUUUGACUUCACUAAUAAUUAGAGAAAUAAUUUAUUUACAGUGCUCAUAAUUUGUAUGUGUUAAAAAAUGGCGUGGUUGCUAAUUUAUAUCGUCAUAGCGACUCUUAUGGCAUUAAACUCUCACGUGACAACUGGAUUCAAUGUGGAUACGGAGAAUAUCGUGAGACACCGCGGUACCCGAGGGUCCAUGUUUGGCUUCAGCGUUGCUGAGCAUCGCGACAGGGGGACAAGCUGGAUGUUAGUUGGUGCCCCAGAAGCUCAGACAACGCAACCGGGUGUCAGCAGAGGGGGCGCCGUGUACAGGUGUGACGUCAGCAGAGAUGAUGCCUGCCAAAUUGUGCCUUUCGACAUCACAGGGAACAAUAACAACUCGGAAGGGCGACAGAUCGAUCUGAAAUCUGGGCAGUGGUUCGGAGCGACGGUGCAGAGCUCCGGCGAGGACGGAGUUGUCGUGGCCUGCGCUCCACGUUACGUUUGGUUUUCCCAAACUCUGAACAGGAGGGAUCCCGUGGGUACCUGCUACGUCGCUCGGAAUUCUUUCAGGGAAUAUUCUGAGUAUUCACCCUGCAGAACACGUAACUGGGGGCAUCACCGACAGGGCUCGUGCCAAGCUGGACUAGGAGCCUCAAUCUCCAAGGAUGGGAAUAGGCUGUAUGUGGGGGCUGUAGGCAGUUGGUACUGGCAAGGCCAGAUCUACUCAAUAAACCCAUCUGUGCAGCUGCCUUAUACUCCAUGGAGAGGGUACGCAUAUGGGGCAGGACAGUUGUUCUCCCAAAGUCUGAAUAAUCGUCCAGCAGUUGUGAACACAAAAGAAGGUUCUGUUCUGGAUGAUGACUCUUACCUUGGUUACUCAGUUGCUGUUGGCGAUUUUGGUGAUGGUGGUGGGAGUGGGGCAGCAGUUGGGAUGCCUAGAGGUGCAGGCCUUCUUGGCAAGGUUAUUCUGUACACAUGGAAUUUGACAAAUUACUUGAACCUGACAGGAGAGCAGCUGGGUUCCUACUUUGGCUAUGCAUUGUGUGUGUCAGAUCUGGAUGGAGAUGGAAGAGAUGACUUGGUGAUAGGUGCGCCACUGUACACAGAUCUGUCAAACAACAAGGGAAAUUAUGAGACUGGGCGGAUUUAUGUCUUUUAUCAAGGCUUACAUUUCCACAAGAGGUUCCGUGAGUUCCAUAAACGGGAUGGCAAAAAUUCCAGAUCGAGGUUUGGUUUAUCGCUAAGUACUCUUGGUGAUAUUAACAAGGAUAAUUAUGGUGAUAUUGCAGUUGGUGCCCCAUAUGAUGGUCCAGAAGGCCGUGGAGCGGUUUAUAUUUUCCAUGGUUCGGGCAAGGGCAUAAUGGAGAAGCCAUCACAAGUGAUCCAGGCAGAAGAUGUUGUCAGUACGCUUUCCACGUUUGGGUUCUCUGUGGCUGGAGGAAUGGACCUGGAUGAAAAUGAGUAUCCAGAUCUAGUGGUUGGUGCAUAUGAGGCUGAUACUGCAGUCUACCUCAGGGCCCGUCCAGUUGUGAAGCUCGAUGCAACUGUUACAUUCCGUGAUGAAUCAAAGCAGCUGAGUUUGGAUACAAAGGCCUGCAAGCUACCAGAUGGCACAGACGUUGUCUGUACUGAACUCAGUGCGUGUCUAGAGUAUAGUGGUGUUGGAGUUGAUCAUAAACUUGACUUUGAUGUACAGUUUGUGCUGGAUGCCAAGAAGCUGAAGAGUCCACGCAUGUUCCUCCUGUCAGAGACAGGCCGCAAUAUAAUGAACUACACAUUGCGACUUGAUAAGGAUUCACUCUUUUGUAAGAGUUUUCCUGUCUACAUUAAGAAUGGUAUAAGGGACAAGCUCACACCCCUGGAAGCAGAGAUGCGUUACAGUUUGCGUACAGGCAGUGGUAGUACUUUAUCAAGCAGACGUCGAGUUACUCGUUCACUCAUCCCAGUUUUGGAUCAGAGCAAAGAUUUUGUCCGUCGUGACUCCAUCAGCAUCCAGAAAAACUGUGGACCAGACAACAACUGCAUACCUGACCUCAAGCUAUCAGUCACACCGAGCGUCAAUAGAUAUCUGCUUGGCUCUGGACACCGUCUAGAAUUGGAUGUUAUUGUGGAGAAUAGAGGUGAAGAUUCAUUUGAGACAACUUUUACAAUGGGCGUACCUGUGGGUAUCAAUUACAUCAACAUUGAACGUAUGGACAAUGCUGAACGUGAGUUCCUUGUUCAGUGUUCAGCACCCUCACGGACCAACAACAACACACUUCGGUGUGACCUUGGUAAUCCCCUACCCCAGAAUCGACUUGUGCACUUUAAGGUGCUGUUGAAGCCAUCUCUCACAGAAGUAAUGAAACCUCGUUAUGAAUUCAAGAUGAAUGUGAACAGCACCAAUCCUGAACAGGAAUUUACCACCAAUGAUAAUACUUUCAAGCUCACUGUGCCAAUCUGGGUCGAUGCAGAAUUGGAAUUACGUGGAGUUUCUGAGCCAAGAGAACUUCAUUACAAAAUGACAUUGUAUGAUGGUGCAGACAGUGCAGUCUUUGAGACAGAAGUUGGACCACAACUUGUUCAUACAUACUCUAUUACCAAUAAAGGCCCAUCCAGCAUCACAGAAGCAGAGGCAUACUUCGUAUGGCCUUCCUUUACCUUUGAUGAUGAAAAUAUUCUUUACCUGCUUGAGAUGCCUGAAACUGAGGGUCCUGUUAGAUGUGACCUUGUUGGAGAUGCCAAAGCCAAUGCUCUUAAUUUGAAGCUGGAUCGCAAGAAGAAAUUACAUUUUGAGGAGAGCUCAAGUUCAUCUCAUAGUGGAACAUCAAGUAGCUCAAGUACUUCAGUUUCCUCCUCAUCAUCAUCUUCAUCAGCAUCAUCUACAUUUUCUUCAUCCUCUUCUGGUAGCAGCAGUGGUUCAAGGACGAGGCAGGGUAGUCAAGAUCAAGAGCAUCCUGACCGUAGACUCACAACCUUAACUGAAGAAGAAAGAAGACGUUAUGAGGAGGAGAAGAAGUUCGGGUUUGGAAAUGAGGAAGAACUAUCAAGAACAAGUGGAAGCAAGGUUUCCGGAUAUUAUGAACAACAGCAUUCAUCAGAACGUAGCUAUAGGGCAGAAAGUGACCACAGCAGAGGCAGAGUGCAUGGCAGUAGAACAAGAAUGGAAAAUGAAAGAGGAAGUACUGAUAAUUACAGAGGAGUGUCUGGUGUUAGCCAAGAUAGGGACAGUGGAGGGAGAGCUGAAGAUCGGAGGAAUGGGUAUGGAGUAGAGAUAAGUGCAGGUGGAGCAGAGGUUGGAGCUGCAGGCACAUCUAGGGCACAUUCUUCUCGGAACUUCUCUGCAACGUGGAGUGAGAAUGGGGAGGUCCCACACAGAUACAGUAACUACAGCUACUCGAACUGGACCUCUGGAGAAGGUGUUUCAGGAAUGGUUGCUCCUGCAUAUGGAAGGGGUAGCGAUGUCAGAAGUUCUCACCACUCAUCUUCAAGUUUGGCUGGAUCAAGGCAUGGAUAUGCCAGAGAAGGAGACAACUCUACUUACUUUGGCAAUUCAAGAAGUGCAGGGGAUAUGCGACAUUACUCUUCGAACUGGUCAGCUGGUGACAGAGAUAAUAUUGGGAGAGCUUAUCAAGGUACAGGCUUUGGUGGUGCAGGUACUCAUUUCACCUUUUCGACUGAAACCUCAGAUAUUUCAGACAACAUUGGAGCAAGAUAUCGGAAUUCACACUUGUCAAGUGUUGACAGAACUGGUUUGUUCACUCAAGGUAAUGAUAAUAGAACAAGAUCUCAACAUCAUCCGGCAUCAUCAACACAAGAUAGUACAUAUGGUUUUCAUAAUGAAGGUUCUAAUCAAUUUGGUUCAGAAUUAGAGGAAAGUGCUCGUGGCUCUGGUGGCUUUCGCCACUAUAUUUGGACACCUCAAAUAUCAGGAGAUCCUGUAUCUGUUGAUAGAAGCAGACAUGAAAGUUCUAGCUCUGGUUUAGAUAGUACCAGAGGGCAUAUUGGCAGGAAUUCACAUAUUGGUAUUGAAACAGACAAUGCAGCAGCAGGACAGCAGUGGUACUCGGGCAGUGGUUCUGUUCAGCACGGAGGAGUUGAUGAAGAAGCAACUAGAAGACAACAUGUCAUCACCCCUUCUAGUUCUUAUGUCUGGAGCAGUUCUGAUAAAAGUGCUACUGCACAGCAUGGUUCAAAUAAUGAUUACAGUUAUGAUACAUGGCAGAGAGGGCACAGUGCUUAUGGAGCAAAUGAUGAUAAUUUUGAUGUGUCUCAGCAUUAUAGUUCAAAUUAUGGCCGUGAUUACAGUGGAGACAGGAGAGGCACUGGUGGCAGUGUUGACAUUGCAAGACAUUACAGCUCCUCCAUUUUGGGAUCUGAUGAUGUUGCUGGACAACAUGACUCUGGUGGGGUACACAGGGGUGGCUCCCAACACUAUGGUUCCCAUUAUGAGAGCAGUGCAAGCUGGAGUUCAAGUGACAGGACUGAUGGCGAAAAUAAAUUGGAAGGUAGUGAGGAUGGGUCAUCUGGUCAGCUGAAGUUAUAUCGCAAAUACAGGCAUCAUAGUUCCAGUGAAGGUAGUGGUAAAUCACGACAGCGACGCAAUGUUGAUGAGGCAGAGCUGGAACAGGCAACACACUGCAACACUACUCGGUGCUCCAAAAUGCGCUGUAUACUUGGACCCAUGGCUAAGGGUGAAGAGGUUAAGUUUGCCUUCAGAUUCCUCCUAUGGGCAAAAACUCUCAAGUCGCUUGGAUACAACCGGCCUGCCAAUGUUUCAAGUUUGGUUGCAACACAACUGACACACCUGCCAUACAUCGGUGCACCUGAUCAAGUCAGCCUACGCACAGAAGAAGUGAUCACUGAAGUGGUGCCCACAGAUGCACCACCGAAACCAGAGAUUGUACCACUUUGGAUUGUUGUUCUGUCUGCAUGUGCUGGAGCUGUCAUUCUCCUGCUACUUGUAUUCUUACUCUGGAAGUGUGGAUUCUUCAAAAGGAACAGACCCAGUAGUGCACCAGAAAAGGAACCACUGAAUCGUAAUGGUCAUUAUGGGCCUGGAGAUGAAGCUUUGUGAUCAACCAGCUUUGACAAUAUGAGAGAUUAAACCUACUAGCAUUGUCACCUGGUUACAUGUCAACAUGCUGAAGGAGGUGAUAUGAAGCUGUGAAUACCAAAAUGUAGAGCAGUGUGAUGAGAUGUAUAAGUGUGAUAUGAAUAUCACUCAUAUGUGCACAGUGGACGACAGUUUA